AUGGCUGUUCCGUCGUUCGACCAUGUGCUGACCUCCAAACGGCGGCGCGACAUCGCGCGUGACGUCUUGCCCGCGAAUGAUCCAUUCUCAUCACUACGCGCUCGGUUAAGCCCAUUUCGAACAGCUCAUUGCAAUGCAGAAAUGGCGUUGGCGGCAAGAAAUGUCAUCCCACGUGCAAAUCCCGAUGUUCUACGCCCAAUCUUUGAACGAUUUGCGUCCAAGACUGACAGUGAAGGCAAGAAGUACAUGACAUCAGAAGACUUCAUUAGAAAAUACCUCGGGCUGUACACAGAGGAGAACUAUAACCGCGAAACUGUACGAAUGCUCGCCUCUGCUGCCGACACCACAAAAGAUGGUGACAUCUCGUUUGAAGAGUUUUGCGCUUUUGAGGCACUUCUCUGCAGCCCUGAUGCUCUUUACCUGACUGCAUUUGAACUUUUCGAUCGGAAUGCCAGCGACUCAAUCACCUGCGAUGAAUUCGAGGCGGUCAUUCGACAUACAGAACCGCUUUAUCACAUGGACUUUGAUUUCAACUCGGAGUUUAUCAAGAAGUAUUUUGGCGCGUAA